AUGGGGAGAGCAAAAAGAUUAUUAUAUGAAAAUAGCGGUAGGAGAUUUUUUGAGAUGCAUCGCUGGGGGAGAAGAAAUGCUGUUUAUAGUAUUUUAAAUGAUAUAUCGUAUGGUCUUAUGCAAUACUAUGAUUUACUUAGUACAGAAAAAGCUGAUUUUAAUGAAGAUGAAAUAGAUAAAAAGGCUACCCAACUAACAAUCGACUAUUCUAUUGAACGAGGCGUUUUGCUAGGGGAUAUGUACAGAAAAAUACAUCAUUGGGGAAUGUCGGCAGUUAGAAAAUAUAGAAAUAGUAAAUCAAAUAGAAUAAAGAAGACAAUAUCUCGUAGAGGAAAAGAAAAUGCGGUCUGUGAUUGGCUACAAUAUUUAACGCUCUUUCUCUAUGAUUAUGUAGAUUGGCAAGAAGAUAGGGAGUUCAAUAGUGAAUUAAACAAUGACUUAGCAGAUAAAAUGAUUUAUGAAUAUAUAGAUUUUAAAAAAAUUAGCUUUGAAUCAGAGGAUAGAAGAAAAAGAGAAAAAAGAAAGCGGGCAAAAAAUAAGGGAACGAUUACUGACCAAAAUGUAAAAGCGGACACAGCAGUUGACAGUAGUCAGCAAAUUAGUGGUAUUACUGAGGUAACAAGUUAUUCAGCACUAGCUUCAUCGACAAAUAGUGAUGUAGCUGCUAGUCAAAAUCAAGUUGCUUAUGAACAAGCUAGUGACCAAAGUUCUAAUAAGUCACUGGCUAACACAGUAGAAACUGAUACUGAGGGAAUAACUUCAAAUGUGUCAGAUAGUAGCAAUUCAAUUAAUGAAAGCCAAAAUACGACAAGUACAGCGGUUAUUCAAACUCCUACAAACAAUAUCGUAUCGCUUGCAGAUUCAAGCUCAUCAAAUGAUAAUGGCAGCAAUUCUAUAUUAAGUUCUUCUAAUGCUGCAGACAGCGUUGAUUCGGCAGCUGUCUCUCAAAGUUCAACAAGUUCAUCAGUAAUUUUGAGUGAAAGUUCAGCAAUUGAUAGUGGUAUUGCAUCAGUUUCUCAAAGUUCGGAAAUGAAUCUUGUGGGAAAUAGUAGUGCUAGUGCUUCGAGUGCUGCUGUCGCUUCUUUUACAGCUAUUCUAGCGACUAAUCCGUCCAUGGUGCCAAUGUUUACUCAGGCACUAGCUGCAGCAGCGCCUGCUACAACAAGUGGUUCAGCGAUUCUUAACACAACACUUGGAGAUCUUGUAAAUCAAGCAAUUUCGACAGUGGGAAUUAGUGGUUUAGCAAAUAUUUUUAGCACUCUUGGAACUUUUAAUAUUCCAGGAAUGACUACAGCCGCGGCAGCUCUUAAUGGUGUUGAACAAAUCGUCAAUAUUGUUGGAAAUAUUCAGGAAGCAGCUGCUAAUCCUGGAGCCUUUCUAUUAAAUGAAAUAAAAUAUGCAGGUUUAGAUGUUAGCCAAAUUCCAUUAGUUGGAGGGCAAAUUGCGGCGGCAUUUAAUGCUAUCCCAUCAAUGAGCCCUGCUGCUAUGCUUACUUUUCUUGAAAAUCCAACAAUUCCAGGACUUUCAAGUAUUCCGGGGGCAAGUCUAGUACUAAGCCCAGUACUUAGCGCAAUAAGUACUGUAACAAGUGGGAUUGUUAAUCAACUUAAUACGACAACUUCCAAUGCCUUGGGUGGUGUUAAUUUUGAUUUAGACACACUUGUCUCUCUUCAAGGAAAUGAUCUUGUCAACUACUUGGCUGGUUUAGUAGUUAAUUCAGCGAUUAAUCGAGUCGGUCAAAUUGCUUGGAGUCAAUUAUCUCCAACUAUUAGUAAUAUUCCACUUGUAGGUACUACAGUUAAUAAUGUUUUAAGCCCAAUAUUAAAUAAUCUUACUGGAGCAUCUUUGGGAGAAGUUGCGAAUUUAACGGGAGUUUCCAGCCUUCUUGACCAAGUAAAUAAUAGUUUGGGUAAUCUUACAAGCCUUGGUUCAACAGCUUUAGCCACGAUUGAGAACACGCUCCAAAAUAGUCUAAACUCAUUUGGUAAUCUUCCUGCUGGUGCUUCGGAUAUUCUUAACCAAGUGCUCAAUCAAUUGCAAAAUGCGAUCAAUAAUAUUGUUGAAAGUGCGACGGGGAUUGUAAAUAAUUUACCAGGUCUUGGAGCUAUCGAAAAUGGUCUUUCGAACACUAUUAGUCAAAUACAAAAUAAUAUUAAUAAUUUCGUUAAUAAUGCACUUAAUGGAAUAACGACAAUUAUCAAUUCUUUAACUCCAAGUGUUGGUGCUUCAACAGUUAAUCCAAAUUCUAGUGCUAAUAGUAGCCAAUCAAGCAGUAGUGCCAGUUCUUCAUCAAUUACAGCUAGUAGUUCAACUUCAUCUUCAAAUGUAUCAAGCAACACGAGUUAUAAUUCUAGUGAAGCAAAUACUUCAAGUUCGACUUCUAAUGCUUCAAGUUCAAGCUCAGAAGGUUCAAGUACUUCAAGUUCAAAUUCCAGUGAAGGUAGUGUCACAAGUUCAUCCUCGGUAGAUUCAAGUCAAACAAGUUCUGCUGGAGCAAAUAGUUCAAAUUCAAGCUCAGAGAGUUCAAGUGCUUCAAGUUCAAAUUCCAGUGAAGAUAGUGUUGCAAGUUCAUCCUCG